AUGCGAAGUUUAAUGACGUGGCGUGUAGGCCCUCUGGGGAUCAGGGCAGUUGUCGUCACGCUUCUUUGUAUUUUGUUAAAUAUUCUCGCCCUGUAUUUCAUGCGUCGGUUAUUCCCUGGCCUUUGGGGCGGCAGCCAUCCCAGGCGCACACGGGGGCACGGAGCCAGCAGAGAUGGUAGUUCCAAGCGAAAACACAAGGGCCACGAUGGCGAGGGGAGGAUGGAUAAUUCACUCCCAACUCUUCUUCUUCUUCUUGGCAUUCCUGGUAGCGGGAAGACGACGUGGGUUAACCAGUACGUGGAACGUUGUGACCGUUCUUUUGUUGUUGUGCGCGAAGACUCGAUUCAGGGAAACGUCGCCGCUGAUAAAAACGAUCCUUCGUGGGAAACACAAGUGCGAGAGGCCAUGCUCGGUGACAUUGUGCGGCGCUUGAAGGAAAAACAAAACGUGGUUGUGGACGACUGUUUACGUGUCAUGGACGAGGAUUUCCGGCGUGGCAUCAUAGAGACGGCACCUGCCUGUAGGCUCUUGGUAAAGCAUUUUCCCAUUAAGGCAUUCUAUGCGCACGCACGCCUGUCGAGGGACGCCGAGGAAGCCAAUGGUCGCCGUUGCCUCACUGAAAUAGAACUAGAGGAACUGGAGAUGGCCUUUGACAAGGCGCGGGCAAGUAUGAAGCUGGAGGGGUGGAAGCCGCUGCUAAGUGUGGUGCAUUCGCGUUCAAAACACGUUUGA